AUGGCUCAGCGGUGGCGCCGCACCUGCAUCGUGCUGUUCCUGGUGCUGCUCUUCGCCUUUGGCACCCUCAUGGGCUUGCGCACGCUGAAGGUCCCAGAUGGACUCCCCGCGCUGGGCCCAGCUCUGGAGCCGGCGCCCUUUGAGCGAUGUGUGGAGACGGCCCCUGCACCCGCCCAGGCCCCUGCCAUGCCCGCCGCACCCCCGCCGCCACAGCCCCGCAUGGUGGAGCCCCGCAGCUUGCCCGGCCCGGUCCCCGCGGAGGCCGAGCCAGUCCCCGGGCAGAGCCUGGGAGUCUACUCCGACCUGCACGCCUUGUACUACUCAUGCUAAGGGAGCCACUACAUCCACUGGGACCACGUUAUGGUGCCAUACUGGGACCCCAAGAUAUCGGCCAGCUAUCCCCGCGGCCACCACAGCCCCCCGGACAACUUGGGCUCCAGCUUCUACCCGCAGCUGGGCCCCUACAGCUCCCGGCUGGUCUGCGGCACCCGGGACCCCGACAUGCUGUGGGAACAUAUGACCCAGCUCAAGGAAGCCGCCAUCGGCGUCCUGAUCCUCUCCUGGUACCCACCUGGCAUGGCUGAUGAUAAUGGGGAACGCUCAGAUGACCUGGUACCUGCCAUUCUAGACACUGCCCAUCAGUACAACAUCCAGGUGGCCUUCCACAUCCAACCUUACAAGGGCUGGGAUGACAUCACUGUACAUGACAACAUCAAGUACAUCAUUGACAUGUAUGGCUCCCAUGGUGCAUUUUACCACUAUAAGAAUAGCAUGGGCAAAAGCCUCCCACUCUUUUAUAUCUACGACUCACACCUGACAACCCCUGAGGCUUGGGUGCACCUCCUGACACCAAAUGGGCCCCACUCAAUCCACAACACACCCUAUGAUGGAGUCUUCAUAGCGCUGCUGGUAGAGGAGGGCCACACCCAUGACAUCCUCGAGGCAGGAUUUGAUAGCAUGUACACCUACUUUGCCUUCAAUGGUUUCUCCUUUGGCUCAUCCCAUCAGAACUGGAAAGCUGUGAAGAACUUUCGUGAUGCCAACAAUCUCAUGUUCAUUCCCAGUGUGGGACCUGGCUACAUUGACACCAGCAUCCGGGCCUGGAACAACCACAAUACUCCUAACAGGGUCAAUGGCAAGUACUAUGAGAUGGCACUACAGGCAGCCCUUACAGUGAGGUCAGAGAUCAUCUCCAUCCCUUCUUUCAAUGAGUGGCAUGAAGGCACACAGAUGGAGAAGGCCAUUCCCAAGAAGACUCCCACUCGCCUGUAUUUGGACUAUCUGCCCCAUCAGCCCAGCCUGUACCUGGAGCUGACCCACUGCUGGGCAGAGCACUUCAUCAAGGAGAAGGAGCAGUGGCUGAUGUGA